AUGGGCCAAGCAGCGAGCGGGCUGGGGAGAGCCGUGCUCCUGAGCUGGCCCAAGCAGACAUGUCCCGGGGCCCAGAAGAGGCGGCGGGGCUGGGCCGGGCUGCGCGCAGCAAUCCCGCUCGGGGGAGGCGCCCGGCGAGAGCCGAGAGCGCUCGCAGCUGUGCUGGGGCCCGCCCCUGCGCCGCAUGCACUGCCCUGCCUGCCGGGCCCGGCGCAGAGCCGCACUGCAGACCGGGCUGGACACAGCGGCAGCAAUGCUGCAGCACUGGAGGAACUGGACCCCACCACUGAUGGGCAGCCACAAGCAGCGUGCACCCUGCAGGAGGGGGAGAGUCGUAUCUUCACCUGCUGGGUUCCCCGGCCAGUCCCCGGUGCUACACUGGCCUGGUACCUCAACGGUCAGAAACAGGAAAUCAACCUCUCGACUGCGGACACUGCCAGCAUCCUCACCCUCACUGGCCAGUACUCCGACCACCAGCUCAACUGCUCCCUGGCCAACCCGACCUCCAGUGAGACCUACAACACCUCCGUCCUUCUCAAUGUGCAGUAUAAGCCAGAGAUCCUGCGGGAAGGCACCCACUACCAGCAGGUUGAGGGUGCUGGCCUCCUCCUGGUGCUCUUUGUGCUGGUGCAAGCCAACCCAUCCACCAGCAUCACCUGGAUGGACCAAGAUGGGCAUGUGAUGGCCAACACCUCCAAGUUUCUCCUCCUGGGUGCCACAAGCUACCCAGGGCUGGCCAACCACUCACUCCACAUCCACCUCAGCUGCACAGCAGGAAACCUCUCUGUCAGUGCAGCCAAUAGUGUGGGUGUCACCACUGCCUCCCUCCUGCACACAGGUCUGCUGGAUGCCCGUGUGGAGCUGCCUGUCCUGGGUGUUGCCAUUGGAGCAGCCCUCACCGUAGCUGCCCUGCUCAGCCUGGGCUCCUGUGCUGCCUGCCUGGUAUGCCGCUUGCCCGAGCUUGUGCAAGGUCCAGGGCAAGCAGGACGGAAGAGCCCACCCAGCCAAUGCUCCCAUUGCAGCAGCUCUGAGCCACCGCAGCCCCAGGGCACACGUCUGCCCCGCCAGACCCGAUCCCUGCCACCCAACGUGCGCCUGGAUGACCUUGCACAGGAAGAUGGAGCUUCCUCCAAGGAUGCAGGAGCCAGUGCUAGGGGAGAGGAGAGGGCCCUGCUGGGACUGGAAAAUUCCCUGGUCCUCAGCAAGCUUGGUUUUGUCCAGCUCCCAAUGUCUGGGCGCAUCUACAAAGUGCCCAGCAUAAGCAGUGAUGAGAUCUGGCUGUGAGCUGCAGCGUGGUGCCAGUGAGCCAGGGCUGCCCGGCACCAGGUACGUACCAGCCCCCAGAGUCGAGCAGCUGAGGGUGCCAGGAAAGCCAUGAUGGGAAGCAGGAGCUGACCAGCCCAGCUCAGUGCUAUGCUAUGCGAUGCAGGGCUUGGGAGCAACGCUGUCAGCCAAGACACGGUUUUAUGUAGUCCACGAACUUUACCGAUAUUCUGUUACAAUGUCAAAAUGCAUCAAAGCUGUUUAUAGCCAGGCUCUAGCACUGCGAUUCCUCCCGGGGUAAAGUAAGCACCAGUUUUGCUUUAGCAGGUUUGUGACUUGCUGCAUGAUCCUCUUUGCCCCUGUCCCUGCUGCUGUGGCAGAUGGGUGGGAGGUCAGUGGAGCAGGGGCUGGGGAGAGCCAUCCCAACAGCAAUAAACUGAAUUCAAGCA